AUGGCCCAACACACAAGCCCAAGGAGCAAGGGCCGCCAAUCCACCAUAACAGUAGCACACACCCUCUCUCCAAAUAUGGUGAGCUACCUGAAAAUGCCGUUCAAGAGGUACGUUGAGAUCGGAAGGGUGGCCCUCGUCAACUACGGCAAGGACUAUGGAAAGCUUGUCGUCAUUGUUGACGUUAUCGAUCAGAACAGGGCUCUUGUUGAUGCCCCUGAUAUGGUAAGGAGCCAGAUGAAUUUCAAGAGGCUUUCGCUGACAGACAUCAAGAUUGAUGUAAAGAGGGUUCCCAAGAAGAAGACUCUUAUAGCUGCUAUGGAGGCUGCUGAUGUGAAAGGAAGAUGGGAAAAGAGUUCAUGGGGGAGGAAACUUAUUGUUCAGAAGAGAAGGGCUGCACUUAAUGAUUUUGAUCGGUUCAAACUGAUGCUAGCUAAGAUCAAGAGGGCUGGUGUUGUUAACCAAGAGCUCGCCAAGCUAAAGAAAGAAACAGCUGCUUGAGUAGUGUAGUUUCAGGUUAAUUUGGAUUUUGGCUUAGAUUUUUAGAUCUUGUAUCCAUUUUAUCUUGUUAUUACUGAAUUCAAUACAAAAGGAAAGGUCGUUGAUUUUGGUGGACCUUACUGUUCGGAAAUUGUUUUCAUCCUACUGUGGAUGUGUUUGGAUCAGAAAGCUUUGUGAAAGCGUGCUUGCCAUGUUUGAUUUUCUUGGUUUAGGCCUUUGUGAUUAUUUUAUUGCAUCUGAAUCUAACGAAUUAGAUAGGCAUCAAUAAUUA